GGGAGGGGACCACCCUUCCCUCCAGUUUUUCUUAAUAAAAAUUACAGGUAAAAGAGCCCAUCUUCACUUAAACACUCAAUCCCGUCCGUUUUAGUGGAGGGAUAUGCUGCUUUUGCCUAUUUGUUUGUUUGUUUGUUCGUUUGUUUUUGGUGGGGGGUGGGGGUGGGCUUCUUUCUUCAUCUUUCAGUUUCGCGCCUUUUCGAAAGAUAUUUGAGAAAUCCUGGAUCCAAUUUCACUUCUCCCCAGUCUACCUCCAGCGGAACCAGAUAUACAUGUUUUACAACGACAAUCUGCCUCUUGUUGGUAAUAUACAAUUUGUGGGUGAUUGGGUAGCGAAGUCUUGGCAGUUGCGAAACGAUCAUUCUGGCACUGGUGGUUUGGAAUAAAGCACCAGUUAUUUCGCCAGCGUGAGACCUUGCAACACGCUUGAUUGAGGCAGAAAGCGCGUUGCUUCGUCAAUGUCUUUAUCAAUCGACUCGAAUGGACGUCAAGUUCAAUACAUAUGCAGUAUUUCUUCCUUCAGGCUUUGAUCAGUGUACACUCUCACUUCAAGUCUACAUACAACGAAGAUUGGCGUGGAUAAUUGCGUAUUCGUGCUCGUAUUGACGGUAUGCCUGACCGACUAAAUUUCGGUAACUUGCCAUCAACUGUACAUUUUUUAUCGUCGAGUGCUUGUUUGGUGAAUGGUUUUGACCGAAAACGUUCUGUAGUCAAGAUUUGCGGUUUUAUGGGUGAAUUGUAAAGUGAGUAUGUCUGAAGAGACGACAGCGGCCAGGGCAGAGACUGUCAGAUUAAAUGAAACAGCUCGACGGAUAUCAUGUACCACUGAUGGGUUUCUCGUCCCGUCUGGAGAGCUCGAUUGUGACUUGCCCGUUCAACAACAAGACCUUGGUGGACUGCUCAGGAAAGAGGGAAGAUGUAGCGCCACUUUUUUCAAUGGAAUUGAUGGCAAUUUUUCAUGCGACGAAACUAGCAGUUCGUUGCAAAAGCCACAUCCUUUACGCAGCCCAGUGACUAAACAACCCUCGUUGGCAAGAGCAUUAACCAUUUCCUCUAUCUCAGAGAAUGUGAACAAGCCGCUAGUAUCAAAAGAUUGCAGGAAUUUUUCCAAGGCUCCUCUUAAGUUGAAGUUUCCUUUGUCUUCUAGGGCGGCAGCUUGGAAUCUUGAAGAGGAUGACGAGAGUGGAGUAGCAAGUGGUAGCACUGAUGGAGUUCCUUUUGGAUACACAACAGGAGGGUUAUAUUAUUCAACUGAUGUACGUCUUCAAUCAUUGCAUACAUUAGAGGUAAAAAUUACAUUAUGAACGUACUUGCAUUCGACAUGUAGCCUUUCAUUAAUUAGUACUAGGAAUGCCAUAAUAUAUAGCACAAAUUACUGUCUAAAUGUGUGUGUAUAUAAGAAACAAGAAAUUUUAUCUAAGAUGUCCCAGUUAUUGCACAUAAAAAACCAAGCCAAGACAUAACAUUAUUGAUGUGAAGUAUAUAUGAAAUAAUUCAUAUUUGAACUGCGGUUGUAGAUGAAAGUGAAUA